GCCCUCUCGCCGCGCCGCCGCUGAGCGCAUGGGCCGCGCCGGGCCCGGAGGUGGGCCCGGGCCCUCGCAGCCACAGUCACCGCACGCCGGACAGAUUGAUUCCCUUGGGAGCUGUAAGUACUGAGGUAUUAGGGUGCAGCGCUCAUUGUUCACUGACGCACAGAUCCCAAAAUGAAUGUCCAGGAGCAGGGUUUCCCUUUGGACCUCGGAGCAAGUUUCACUGAAGAUGCCCCUCGGCCCCCAGUGCCUGGUGAGGAGGGAGAACUGGUGUCUACUGACCCAAGGCCUGUCAGCCACAGUUUCUGCUCUGGGAAAGGCCCCGGCACUAAAGGUGAGACCUCAACAGCCACCCCAAGGCGCUCGGAUCUGGAUCUGGGAUAUGAACCUGAGGGCAGCGCCUCCCCCACUCCCCCAUACUUACGAUGGGCCGAGUCACUGCAUUCCUUACUGGAUGACCAAGAUGGGAUCAGCCUGUUCAGAACUUUCCUGAAGCAGGAAGGCUGUGCUGACCUGCUGGACUUCUGGUUUGCCUGCAGUGGCUUCAGGAAGCUUGAGCCCUGUGACUCAAAUGAGGAGAAGAGGCUGAAGCUGGCAAGAGCCAUCUACCGAAAGUAUAUCCUGGAUAGCAAUGGCAUUGUAUCCAGGCAAACCAAGCCAGCCACUAAGAGCUUCAUAAAGGACUGUGUCAUGAGGCAGCAGAUUGAUCCUGCCAUGUUUGACCAGGCCCAGACAGAAAUCCAGUCUACCAUAGAGGAGAACACCUACCCAGCUUUCCUAAAGUCUGACAUUUAUUUGGAAUACACAAGGACAGGCUCAGAGAGCCCGAAGGUCUGCAGUGAUCAGAGCUCAGGGUCUGGGACAGGGAAGGGUAUGUCUGGAUACCUGCCUACUUUGAAUGAAGAUGAGGAAUGGAAAUGUGACCACGAUGCAGAUGAGGAUGAUGGUAGAGACUCUGCCCCACCCAGCAGGCUCACUCAGAAGCUGCUCCUGGAGACUGCUGCCCCAAGGGCCUCCUCAAGUAGACGGUACAGCGAAGGCAGAGAGCUCAGGUAUGGAUCUUGGCGAGAACCAGUCAACCCCUACUAUGUCAACUCUGGCUACGCCCUAGCCCCAGCCACCAGUGCCAAUGACAGCGAGCAGCAGAGCCUAUCCAGCGAUGCUGACACCCUAUCCCUCACAGACAGCAGUGUGGAUGGAAUCCCACCAUACAGGAUCCGUAAGCAGCACCGAAGGGAGAUGCAGGAGAGUAUCCAGGUCAAUGGGCGGGUGCCUCUACCUCACAUUCCUCGCACUUAUCGAAUGCCAAAGGAGAUCCGUGUGGAGCCACAGAAAUUCGCUGAGGAGCUCAUCCACCGUUUGGAGGCUGUCCAGCGCACGCGGGAGGCUGAGGAGAAGCUAGAGGAGCGGCUAAAGCGUGUACGGAUGGAGGAAGAAGGAGAGGAUGGCGACUUGCCUUCUGGCCCCCUGGGAACUAGUCACAAGCUGCCUUCUGCCCCAGCCUGGCAUCACUUCCCACCCCGCUAUGUGGACAUGAGUUGCACCGGGCUGCGGGAUGCCCAUGAGGAGAAUCCUGAGAGCAUUCUAGACGAGCAUGUACAACGGGUCAUGAGGACACCUGGCUGCCAGUCACCUGGGCCAGGCCACCGCUCCCCUGACAGUGGUCACAUGGCCAAGACAGCAGUUUUGGGGGGUACAGCAGGACAUGGGAAGCAUGUGCCCAAGUCAGGAUUGAAGCUGGAUGUGGCUGGCCUGCACCACCAUAGGCAUGUCCACCACCAUGUUCACCAUAGCACAGGUCGGCCCAAGGAGCAAACGGAGGCUGAAGCUGCCCGCAGGGUCCAGAGCAGCUUCUCCUGGGGCUCUGAGCCCCACAGCCACACCAAGCCUCGCGGCUAUUCAGAGAGCACAGGCGCCACCCCUAAUGCUGGGGACUUGGCCUUUGGUGGUAAGGCUGGAGCACCCUCCAAAAGAAGCACCAAGAAGGCUGACUCUGGGAAGAAUGCCAAUGCUGAGGUGCCAGGUGCCACUGAGGAUGUGGAAAAGAACCAGAAGAUCAUGCAGUGGAUCAUUGAGGGCGAGAAAGAGAUCAGCAGGCACCGGAAGGCUGGCCAUGGGUCUUCGGGGACAAGGAAGCAGCAGAUCCAUGAGAGCUCUAGGCCCUUGUCCAUUGAGCGUCCUGGAGCCGUACAUCCCUGGGUCAGCGCUCAGCUCCGGAACUCUGUCCAACCUUCUCAUCUCUUCAUCCAAGACCCCACAAUGCCACCCAACCCGGCCCCCAACCCCUUGACCCAACUGGAGGAGGCCCGUAGGCGUCUGGAGGAGGAGGAAAAGAGAGCCAAUAAGCUGCCCUCCAAGCAGAGGUAUGUGCAGGCGGUCAUGCAGCGGGGACGCACCUGUGUCAGACCAGCGUGCGCGCCGGUGCUGAGUGUGGUACCAGCCGUGUCGGACUUGGAACUCUCCGAGACAGAGACAAAAUCACAGCGGAAGGGAGGUGGCGGGAGUGUCCCACCAUGUGACAGCAUCGUUGUGGCCUACUACUUCUGUGGGGAGCCCAUACCCUACCGAACUCUGGUGAGGGGCCGUGCAGUUACCCUGGGCCAGUUCAAGGAGCUGCUAACCAAGAAGGGGAGCUACAGAUACUACUUCAAGAAAGUGAGUGACGAGUUUGACUGCGGAGUAGUGUUUGAGGAAGUGCGAGAGGACGAUGCCAUCCUUCCUGUGUUUGAGGAGAAGAUCAUCGGCAAAGUGGAGAAGGUGGACUGAGCAGUGGGUGCCAUGCCCAACUUGCACCAUCUUGUGCUCAGGAUCCUGCUGUAUGGGGACAGCCCAGGACUUUGUCACAUGCUUUUUCUGGGAAAGGCCCAUGUGUCCUACUAUACCUCCAUCCCUGUGGGUCUGGUGGAAACACAGGCUUUUCUGUCUCUUUUGAAGAAGGAGCCAUGCCCAUUCUCCCCCUGGCCCCAGGAGCAAUUCCAGGAGCUGCUUCAUGACUCCCAGCAGCCCCUGCCACUAAAUGCAGGCUAACCCAAGGACACUACACUACACCCUGGGCUUGAAUCUGUCCACUCCUCCCUCUGGGACACGCCCAUCUGCUGUACCUCAUUGGAUCCAGCCCCAGGAGCCAGGGGACCCUGUAGGGCCUCUGUAAAUUGUACAUGUCACCGAGUGCCUUCAACACAGAUGUCUCUUGCCUCCCACUGUGUGAACCCAGUGGCCGAGAGCCUCAGGCCCCUUUGCCUGUCUCCAGCUAGCAGCACAGCAGGGCAGGUCAGGUCCCUUCUUUCUAAGGGCCCAUGUAAAUAUGUACAUUUCUCAGGCCAGGGCCAGCAGGGGGCUGCCCCGAGUCCAUUUUUCAUGUGAUGAUCUGUACAAUUAUCUUUUCAAAGGUACUUGGAUAAUAAUGAAAUAAAACAGUUUUUGAACCUA